CUUUGAAUAAGGAUAAUAAAUGGAGACUCAAGAUCACCUCCUUGGUAUGUUGGGCAAGAAGUUAGAAGACAGGUUCUGGAUAAUCACAAAAGUUGACAAAGGAGCUCAUGGACAGAUCAUGCAAGCGAGGGACCUCACUGAUAACUCAAAUGUUGCUAUAAAGUUCAUGCCCAAAGAUGAGAAGCAUAAAAAUAAGUUUAUAAGAGAGUUAAAUGUAUUUAAAAAGUUACAGGAACUUGAAACCUGGCCUGAAGGAUUCCCUAAGCUCAUAUUUCAAGGCAGUACUGAGCAUUUUUACUACUAUGUAAUGGAAAUGCUGGGUAAAAGUUUGAAAUAAGAUUCAAAGCAAAGCUUACGAGGGACAAUUAUGCCUAAAGCAUGUUAUACAGAUAGCAUUACAGUUGAUAGACAGACUUGAAGUCUUGCAUAGCGUUGGUCUAAUCCAUCGCGACCUUAAACCAGCAAAUUUAGUAGUUGGAUUAGACAAUCCAGAAGACCAUAAUCAAAGCCAAAUAAAUACGAUUUAUUUAAUAGAUUUUGGAUUGACUAAAAGUGAUUCGGAAGAUCAUAUUCCAAAGAUCCCUCCGAGGGCAUAUCAUAAGCAGAACUUACGACUUACAGGCACUCCAAUUUACGCCUCAGUCCAUUCACAUAUCGGGACGAAUCACUGAUUCAAAAAGGACGAUAUAGAAUCAUUGAUUUACGUUCUAAUUCACUUAUAUAAUGGAACAGUUCCAUGGCAAUUUGUCGAAGUUGAGAAAAAUGAUAAUUUUGUUAACAUCAUGAACUUUAAGCGACUGUCCUGUAGCGAGAAGCUUAUCGGAAAUUUCCCAAGAGGAUUCGUUAAAAUAGUAGAUUAUGUCAGAAAACUUCAGUUCAUUGAUAUACCUGACUAUGAUUACAUGAGAUGGUGUUUUGCUGAGCUAGCCCGAGAGAACGAAGUUGUUCUUGACAAUAAGUACAAUUGGGCAUAUGAUUCUCAAAAGCGAAAUCGACUUAAAAGUAAAUCAAGCAAGGACUUGAACAACUUCUUAUCAUCUCAAAACAAAGGCAUUGGCGUUUUUCCAAGGAAGAGGAAUUAUUCAUUAAGAAAGAAGAGGGUCAACUAUGAAAUUGGUAAACCCUUAGGUAAAAGCACUUGUUGGAAAGUAUGUUCUAACUCUGACAGUGUGGCUGAUCGCUCAAUCUUCAAAUCAUCUUCUAUCCUCAACUUCUGGGCUAACAAGCAGAGUAACUAUGAAGAAUCUAAAUAGUGAUCAGAAAAGGAGCAACCGGAUGCAUAAAUUUAAUUCAAGAGGUAUUCUAAACUCAAAAUGAGAGCAGAUUAUGAGAAACAAGAGUGGACAACUCAGGAGCAGCCUUCAGCCAGUAGAAAUCCAUGAUGAAGAGGAAGAGGAAUCCACUGGUUUCCAUGAAUUCCAAAUUGGGCUUACAGUUCUCUGUAACAGAGAAGCCAAAGCCCAAGUAGUCCCAUCUCGAGAGCCAAAGGCAAUGGAUCUGAAGAAGAUAAAACCUAGUCGGAGAUGAGUUUAA